UUUUGUCAACUGUAAGUUAGUUUUGUUAGUUGGGACCUUUCUCGAAGGGAUAGAUUCCUAAUGGUAUCUGUCUGUUAUAAAGUUCGAUAGGAGUUGAAACAACAGAGGCUUAUCAGUGCGCUUGUUUACCGAGAAAAUCAAAUCUUUUUGGUUAUUUCCUCCGAAAGAAAGAAGCUACGAGAGAUUGAAUCUGAUCGACAAAAUGCAGCAGAGAUUUACGACUGGUUACUCAUCUCGAGUACCCGAUGAAGAGCGAGGUCUGAAAAGCCCAGAAACACGUCAACCAACCCUACUGAUCAAGCACUCUCCAAGGCCGCCAAGAGUUUUGGACGACGGCGAUGACGCGCUCGACCUUCCAGUCUACGACAUGCGUUUUGACAUCGAGAAGAGGGAGAUUUCUCAAUCGCGCUCCAAGAAGUUGAUCCACGCUGUUCCUCUGCUUCUCUUCCUCUGCUUCUUUAUCCUCUGGUGGUUCUCUUAUCCAGUGAAUUUGGUGAUCAAAGAUGGCAGAAUUAUGUCUAUUCAGCCGAUUGAGAUGGAACAGCCUCUUAACAACAGCAUUACCCACAUUGAUCUUGGCAUUGUAGCAGCAGCUGUAUCACCACCACUCCCCUCAAUUCCUCAGAAUUUUACAGGCAACAAUGCAGCUGAAAUAAUUUCUGGUAAGGAAAAAGAGUAGGUGAAGAUCAAUUUUUUAUUUUUGGACCAAAAGUAAAAAUUAGAUAGCUAUUAACCCUUACAAAUACAGUAUAGCAUUUUUUUUUUCCCCCCUCACAAUAUUGAUAUGGAGAUUGAGAGACUUUUGCUGCAGAUAGACUCAAAACUUUAUGAGAUUGUGAUUGAUAGAAGCCCCUUGGAGAUGUUUUUAUCUCCGUUGUUGUGAGGAACAGUAAUGGAAAUUGUUGCAGCUAGAAUUUACAAACAUAACAAUCAGUUCAUAA